CACACCGAGCAGGUCUCAUCUUAGGAUUCUGAGGAUUACCAAACUUUGGUUGUCAAGCUUAUUCUUCUGAGAUCUCAUACAUCACCGUAUCUUUUAACGCUUCCAAUCUUAUUUCUGAAAGAAUGCUUUUUAGUUCGAUUCUUUUCCUGGUAGUCUGGACUAGUUCGUCAUUCGCAGAGGAAUCCUCCAAUGAUGCCGCGUCUGCCAAACGAGCGCCCAUGGGAUUUCAAGGUAUGCGCGGGAAAAAGGACCUCAUCCCUACGGUCGCAGAACACAAUGAGCUUUCUAAAAGAACGUUAGUGAAUUUUCAGGAUAAGGAUUCAAGCCCGUCCGAAAUUGAGGACAAUCUUCUGCACGAUGAGUUUGACAAAAGAGCACCGAAGGGAUUUCAGGGUAUGAGGGGGAAAAAGGAUUAUUUGAUACCUGAUUUUGAAGACUCCUACUUCCUUGAGGAUUACGACAAAAGAGCGCCAAUGGGUUUUCAGGGUAUGAGAGGCAAGAAGGCUAUAUUAGAAAACGAAUAUUAUAAACGUGCACUCAUGGGAUUUCAAGGAAUGAGAGGGAAGAAAUCUUUGGAGGAGGUGCUGAAUGAAAUUGAAAAGAGAGCUGCGAUGGGCUUUUAUGGUACUAGAGGCAAAAAAACAUAUGUUUUCGAGUUUCCACAAGAUUAUCAAAAGAGACUUUUAGCAAUGGAAUUUCAAGAUAUGCACAAUAAAAUAAAAGAAGAAUGGGAAAAAAGGGCUCCUAUGGGAUUUCAGGGGAUGAGAGGCAAAAAAGCAUUGUACGAUGAGAUAGAAGAACUUGAGAAAAGAGCCCUUAUGGGUUUUCAGGGCAUGAGAGGCAAGAAAGACGGCUUUGAAAAUUACAUAGAUUAUUACAUAGAUGAUCCCGACAUAGAUUUCGACAAGAGGGCACCAAUGGGUUUUCAAGGGAUGAGAGGCAAGAAAGACACCGAUAAGAGAGCACCGAUGGGUUUUCAAGGUAUGCGAGGCAAGAGGAGUGUAGGACAAAGAUUUGAGCCCAGCAUGAAUUUUGGAUCAUUAAACGAAUACCAAGGAAUGGGCAAUAGAAGACACAUUCUAGCCUCGUGCCAAGUCGAAAAACGAUCACCUUUCCGAUAUUUUGAGAUGCGCGGUAAGAAAAAUCCACGAUGGGAGUUACGGGGGAUGUUUGUGGGGGUGAGAGGCAAAAAAUGGGCGAAUGCCCCGUACGAGGACAACGGCCCAUUCAUAAGGGUGCUUGAUAACACCGAGAGGAUCGGCAUGGAUGGGGACUCGCCGACAACAUUAGGUAAUCGAUUGGCCGACAGCCAAUUGGUAUCAAACAUUUAGUCGCAGUUCUCUUUAUCGCUUCGUUUAUCUUUCAUGCGUAUUUAAUG